GAGAAAAAGGUAGAGAGCUAUUGUGUAAUGCACACACAUCCCCCCCAUGUGUGCAGGGGGUACUUUGUGACCAAAAAACCCGUCAGCCGGCCCAGCGGGCACAGUAAGAAGGCGGCGGAGCUCUCUGCUAAUGCUAGCUUCCAGCCCGUCGGGCUCGCCACCACUCAGCUCCGGGCGGCUUCCGUGACGAAAAAGAACCCAAAAUCAAGGUUUUAUGCGCAGAGUAAUACCGGUGGCGGCUUGGGCGUCUGCGCUUAGCAAGACUCUCGCGCUUCUGACGUGGAACAUUCCGGCUAUGCAAAAAGAAGAAAAAAACAUCAGACUGUUUUUGGCAAACGAUCGCGCAAAAAAAAAAAAAAGAAAGAAAAA